CAAUCUCGUAGGAGGUUUGUUGAUGAGGUGAACGCAACUCCAAGACCGUUUAUAUCUCGCGAAUUCAUUAAAACCACUCGCGCGCGAGCACUUUGACGUAACUAGUUGUGACGUACUCGAGACGCGACGCACUACGACGUAGUUACAUAUGUGCGUUUUUCGUACAAAUUGCUAUUCAUCCCGACGACAAAUUAUACUCUCUCCGAACUGUACUGUCGCUUGUCAAAAGUUGGGACAUUUAAAUGGCUCGCUUUUAUCGCGUUUACAAAAUCAAAGAGAAUUUUUGUUCCUUUGCACUCACGAUCGAUUUCCCUUUAAUAUGUUCGCUGUGGUAUGUGAUGGCCGUUUAGUUCUAUUAGAGCACGCUUUUACACGCAAUUUAACACAUUCGUCGCGCGAAAACGCGCGUUUUUAAAUCUCGCCCCGAUUACAUAAAUUAUAUCCAAUAUUGCUUCCGAUUAUGGAAAGAAAGAGAGAGAGAGAAACGCGUACCAGAAUAAAAGGACUAACAUUAUUUUAACAUUCCAUUACGUGAAUGCAUGAAUAAAACGAAGCGUGUAAUGAAAAAACGCUCGCUGGAGAAUUUCACUUCGCGCUUCGUACAAUCGCAAGCGGAUAAAACAACGGGAGCGUUCUAGUGUUUUAGUAGCAGAAAUACCGGAACAACAGGCAACAGAUUGAAUUAUUCCGAACAUUUGCACUAAUCUAGGUGAGUGCAUUCCGUAACUCGUCAUUCCCCGCCGCGGGGUUUUGCGAAAGUGCGCGGCAUCGUUCUCAUACCGAAGAAAGAAGAACCUUUCGAAAAAGGGGAACUCCGCGUCUCGAGCAGAGAGAGCGCAUCGCCGUUUCGCGUUCUUAUCCUGUACUCUGUCAGGUGGGCCCUCGUCGCGAAGAGGAGAAGACGGCAAGCGAGAGCAGAAGAGGAGAAAGGAAGCGAGAGAAGAAACCAACGCGCAUACACACACGUACUCGCGAGAAGAAAGGGUUUAGUGACCUCGUCAUCGUAAUCCUAAGGAGAAGCCGAAGGAGUAGGACGACGACGACGACGACGACGACGUGCACGAGCGCGACGACGCCGUGCGCGACGAGACGACGAGGAGUGGCCGAGAAGAAGAAGAGCAAAUUGGUGCUCCCGGUAACAGGGGCUCAUGAGCACCGUGGAGGAAACGUUGCGUAACGUGUCGAGGCGCGCGAGCAGGCACGGUACACGUGGCGGAUCAGCUGGCGCCGCCGCCGAUUGGUCCGCGGCUGGCGCGCGGGGCCCGGCCCAGCCGGCCCCCGUCACCGUGCCCGGCGCCCCCGCCAGGCCCCAGGACAUCGCGGGCCCGACUAGACGCCAGUCGUCGCGCGACAGCGUCGACUCCGCCGCCGGUCAGCACACCCCACCCGAUCACGCAGACCUCCUCUUCAAGGUGAUGUUACUUGGGGACAGUGGCGUUGGAAAGACCUGUCUUCUGACGCGUUUUCGCGACGGCCGCUUCCUGUCGGGAAACUACAUAACGACCGUCGGCAUUGACUUUAGGAACAAAGUUGUCACCGUCGACGACACGCCGAUCAAGUUGCAAAUCUGGGACACGGCCGGCCAAGAGAGGUUUCGAAGCGUGACGCACGCUUACUAUCGAGACGCACAUGCGCUUUUACUGCUAUACGACGUGACGAAUAAGACGAGUUACGACAAUAUCAGGGCUUGGCUGAGCGAAAUCCGGGAACAUGCGAACGAGGAUGUCGUCAUCAUGUUGCUGGGUAACAAAUCUGAUUGCGGGACAGAGCGUGUCGUUAAACGGGAGGAUGGCGAGCGAUUAGCGCAGGAGUACAAAGUGCCGUUCAUGGAAACGUCUGCCAAGACUGGCCUCAAUGUCGAACUGGCAUUCCUCGCUGUUGCUCGGGAGCUGAAGGCCAGAAAAAGCGACAACCCUGACGAGACGAAAUUCAACGUUCAGGAUUAUGUGCGUCAGCAGUCUCAGCGAAACACUUGCUUCAAUUCCAGCUGCUUGACAACCUGAAUCAUUUUUCUUUUUACAUCAAGUUAAAAGGAUACGCGAGCUGGAAUCGCGUUGAUCGCAUGAGAUAUAUAUGGCGCGAGUUUCGAGCCAUAUAUGUGAGAUUCGUUUAAUUUCCGCGUAAGAUUACUGGUACAUAUAUGGGACACGUGUGAGUAAAAACUUUACACUCGAUUCAUAAUAACUUCAUUAAAUGAAUCGAAAAAUCGAAUAGAGAGACAGUAUUAGCAUUUUUUGUUAAAUACAUUAUUAAAAGAUAUUAUUUUACUUCGUAGAAUACAAAACCGAUUGCGCUCUUAAAAAAUUAGAGUUAGAAAGCUGGAACUUUUCAUGUAGUAUCAGAGAGAAAAGGAAAGAGAGAGAAUGAAAGACAGCGUGAAUCUCGUUAUAAAUGUAAACAUGUGUCAAUGAUUGUUCGCGCAUUAAUGUGAAUAGUUUUAAGAAGAUAGAGAAUCUCAAAUAUACACAAAACACGAGAUGAUAUCACCAUAGAUAAGCCUUUAGCGCUCGAUGGUUCUAAUUUCGCGUACAUCAUAUAUCUGCAUAUAUACAGUGACUUGUGAAAUUGAUCAAAUAUGUUGAAAAUUUCGCGAUUAUUUAUAUAUAGAAAUGCAUUAUUUUAUGGAUAUAUAUUACUUUGUAUUAUAUGUGCAUGUAUGUAUCUGUGUGUACGUACGUAUCUAUUCUUUCUCUGAUAAUAUGCACGAGCCAUAAAAAUCUUUUUUUACCUGCUCACUCCUUUCUCUUAUUUGUUAUGCAUUAAAAACUUUUAAUGAAAUUUUUAAAACAUUCGAUCAACUUCACGAAUAAUUGUAUAUUAAUGUUAAACGCUCAGCGCGAUUAUUAAAAGCAAUCGUAAGCGUAAAUUACAGCUUAUACUGAUUGUCGCACGCCCCGAUUUUAUAAUUAUUUAUUGCGCUGUUUGCAUAAAGGAGUGUAAUCUUCGAUUUGCAUACAAUGUGCUUGUUAAAAGUUAUAUAGCGCGCACGUUUAUUCAAUGUGCGCUUGCAUUCGUCUCGCGGUGCCUGCGUAACAAAAAUAUCAAUGCAAGCUCAGUAUGCUUUCGGCAUACCAAGUAAUGUAGUUAUGAUAUAAUAGUGUCAAAAGAGAGAAACAGAAUAAGGUUUAUGCACACUGUACAAAACAUCAUGUCAUCGUCAUCAACUUUGCUACUUAAUUUUAAUUCUAAUCAGAUUGAGAUUCUUGCCUUCAACAUUAAAAUGUUUUCAAAGUAGAAGAAAUUAAACGAAUUUGUAAUAAAACUGUCUGGGAAAAAAGUUUAUAUAUAACCAAAUGUAAAUAUAUAUAAUAUAAUAUAUAAUUAUAUAUAAAAUAUGUGUUAAAUAUAUAUAUAUAUUUUCUUUCUUUUGUAUAAUCUCAGUUCAUAUACGAAAAAUUAUAAAAAGAAUAAUUGAAAAAUAAUUAGAACAAUAAUUUUUCAAUUAUUCUUAUUAUUUUUCGUAUACAGACAGAGAUUAUAUUAGAGAAAAAAAAUAUAUUUAUAUAUAAUUAUAUAUAUUUAUAUUUGAUUAUGUGUAUGGAUUUUUUCCUAGUUGCAAUAAAGGACUAAAAAAAAAAUAAGAAAGAUUAUUGGAAAAAUGAUAAAGAAAAUAAAAUCCAAUCGACAUUUUUCUUCUAUUUUUUAUUUCAUUUUUCAAUUCAACAUUUACUUUAAGUCAGAGAUCACUCAUUUAUUUUCGAAAUUAUUAUUAUUAUUAUUAAUUUUAAAAGAGGAUAAUCAAACUGUUUGAAGUAUCGAAAUAUAAUAAAUGUAAAAUACUAAAUUAAAAUUAAAAAUAGGAAAAAAAUUUUGACUUGAAUGACGUUACGUAUAUAGUGCAUAAGUGCAUAAGCCUUUGUGCAUCUCUAGUAGAAGAGGAACGUCGAGAAACGAUUCGUAGCUGCCAUCUAGCAAAUCAAUGCGCGAACAUACUUGAGAAUUCCUCUCGAGGGAGUUCCGCGUGAUGCUUCUUACCUUUCUUUUUCUCCUUCUUGUAGCCGACAAGUAUAUGUGCGUUUCGUGAUCGUUAAUAGGCACGUUUUGUAUAAAUAAAUUGAUAUAUUUAUCGAAGAGAUACCAAUUAGUCGAUUGGCCGGUGAUUAUCUCUCAAUAUAAUGGAACAAUUAAUGAAAUCUAUCGGUCGUUAUAGAGUCAGAAUUCUAAGCAAUGUUGCGAACCGUUCUAUCAACAAGAGUCAAUAAGCCUUCAACACUGUUUAAUAAAAUUCUAUUGACGUUACUGUGAGAGGGAUCCAUUACAAUCAGUCUCGAUUUCUUCUUAUCUUGUAACAGAAUUAAUUGAAAUCUAAUUCGAAGACGCGCGCGCGCGCGCGCGCAGACGUUAAUUUUAUAGCAAACCUGAAAUAGGAGAAGAAUUUAGAAUCGGUUUUUGUGUGCAAGAAAUUGGAAGAUAUAUCGCGUUACAUUCCUGUUGUAUAUGAUGUGCAAUAUGUCUUACCUGCAGUGUACAAAUGACAAUUUUAUGUAUCAAAUGUAUAUCACAGAAGGCAUGUCUGAAAAUAAAAAAGCCGACCAGAGA